AUGUCGCAGUCUUUUAAAGAUCGCACGAAGAGCCAGCGUGAUGUCCGGCUAAGGCCUUCUCGCAAUGCUGAUAACGAAUGGCUGGCCUGGGUGGCUAAGAAAUUCAAAGGUGCCCAAAAUAUCGACAGGCAAACUUUCAAAAAGGUCCUCCAAGUAAAAAAUGAGUUUUUUGCAGAUCGUUUCUUCGACGUGUUUGACGAGGAUAAAACUGGCAUGAUAUCCUUAGCUGAGAUGAUGGACGGUUUGUUCCUUCUCAACGAAGGAACAAAAGAAGACAAGAUUCAAUUCUUCUUCACUAUGUACGACUUGGACAACAAUGGUGAGCUCGACAAAGAUGAGCUGAGGAGUCUCUUGAAGACAGGAAUGGUUGAAAGUUCGGUACAGCUAAGUGAGAACAAGCUAAACCAUCUGACAGACACACUGUUCACAAGUGCAGACCAAGACAACAGCGGUAGCAUCUCAUUUGAUGAGUUCUUGGAAGUGUUGGUUCGGCAUCCAGGCCUCAUGGAGAACUUCUCAAUCGGAGCGUCAGCAUGGUUAAAAUCAUCUCAAGUCAAGAAAACGAAUCAAGACGUUCGUUCCCACACUACAGCAGCGAGCUACAUCUUGAAUAACAUCAAACGGAUCGGAUUUCUGCUCUUUAUUUUCCUCAUCAAUCUCAUUCUUGUCCUCGAAGCCGUUAUAAGAUAUUCCAAGACGGCGGAUUCCAACUGUUUUUUUUUAGCUGCUCGUGGUUGUGGCAGUGCGCUAAACUUCGACUGCUCCGUGGUUGUUCUUCUGAUGCUCCGUAAGGUCCUGAGUUUCUUAAGAACGACAUGGUUGUUGCGUUGUCUACCAUUUGAUGACACCAUCAACAUUCAUAAACUAAUCGGCUACUUGUGUUUUGUCCUUGGCAUAAUACACACCAUUGGGCACGUCGGUAAUGCACUAAUAUUGCAAACCUACAAAAACUUCACGGCGGUAGAGCUGCUAUUUACCGAUCCGGGCCUCCUGCCAGUUGGUCUGCGAGUCGGUGAGCUGGAGGGAAGUGCCUUCAUCACGGGCUGGAUCCUCAUUGCGGUCUUGCUGAUCCUCAUUUGCGGUUCGGUCCCCUACGUCAGACGGUCUGGACACUUUCAGGUGUUUUUCUGGACCCACAAGAUUUGUUACUGUCUCUUCUGGUUCGUGCUCAUUCUCCAUACGCCCAGCUUUUGGUUAUGGUUCAUUCUUCCCGCGUUUUGUUUCAUCCUUGAGAAGGUCUUUGAGACGAAGCUUGUCAAGAGGCUUCGAUUUGGAAAAACGUACAUCAAGGAAGUUAACUUACUACCCUCCGGGGUGACCCAUUUGGUCUUGCCGAGACCGCGGAACUUCAAGUACAAGGCUGGCGACUACAUCUUCAUCCAAAUUCCCGGCCUGGCGAAGCAUGAGUGGCACCCGUUUACAAUAAGCAGUGCACCGGAAGAAAUUGAUACUGUUUCUGUGCAUAUCCGCUCUGCCGGCAACUGGACCAAGCGACUCUAUCACAUGUUCGACCUCAUGACGUCACACUCCAUUAAACGCGGGCAUAUCAGCGUCACUUCACUAACCUCUAACCAGGGGAAUGUUAACAAAGGAUUUGAAAUGUCACCAACGGAUGGUGGGGAUGAAGAGGCAAACGUCGCCACGGUAGAAGAGUACAAGGUUGACCAUUCAGGGAUGGAUGGAUCAGAUGAGGACUCGUCCGAGUACGAGUUGGAUUUUGAGGAGGAUGAAGUGCGCCCUCAUUUGACGAUCCGACGAGUCAGUUACCAGCCUCCUGAAGAGCUACCCACGACUGAGUGGAAAAAGGCGCAUGAUGCUCCGACCAUAAUGGAGAAAACCGGGGAGGAAGAGGAGGAUGAGGUGGACGAUGAAGCAGAAGAGGAUAAACACGAGGAGGAGGUUGAUGAACACGAUAAGGAGGUUGAUGAAAACGAGAAGGAGGUUGAUGAAAACGAGAUGGAGGUUGAGCAGGCAGUGGCGGUGGUGAAGAAGGAGGCCAGAUUUGCAAAUGAACACCAGGACACUUCUGAUGUUGCUGAACUCACUUUAGGAAAUGAUAGCGCUUCAGUGACGGUUGAGAUCGAACCAACCUCGCCCUCUUCGUACAAGAACUACGAUCGACGCAAGAGCAAGCCCUUCGUUAAGCCGAAUGUCAAGUUUGAUUUGAAAGCAGGUGGACGAUUACGAGUUCACAUCCAGGGACCGUACGGUACCCCAAGCACCAGCAUCUUCCACUCAGAGCAUGCCGUGAUGAUCGGAGCAGGAAUUGGUGUCACUCCCUACGCUUCCAUUCUCCAAUCCAUCAUGUACAGACAUCGUAACAUUAUCAGCGAAUGCCCGAACUGCAACCACUCCUGGGUGGAUCUAGAAAGACAGAAGCGCGCCCUCAGAGUCAGGAAGGUGGAUUUCAUUUGGAUGAACCGUAACUACAUGGCCUUUGAAUGGUUCGUUGACUUACUCUUACAUCUGGAGAAUCAACAGAGUGAAUACUCUCUGGAUCGGUUCCUAGACAUCCACCUCUUCAUUACCGGUAUGAAGCGAUUUGACCUGAAGAAUAUUGGCCUCCAGAUGGCGCUAGACUUGGUCCAUGAGAAGGAAAACCGUGAUUUAUUGACGGGACUCAAGACUAAACUACAAGCGGGGAGACCCGACUGGGAAAAGCUAUUCACAAAAAUCAAGUCUGAGAACAGAGGGAAGGUGUCAGUGUUCUUCUGCGGAGCACCAGCUCUCGGAUCUGUCAUCAAAAGCCAAUGUAAUACCUUCGGCUUCAAAUUCCACAAAGAGAGCUUCUAGAUAACCUGAACGUCUGACGUCAUUCUUCGAGGCUCGUGAAUAAAGACAGGGGCCCAGGCUAGC